CUUCAUUUCUUCCUUGGCAUGUAUAGCUUAAUCAAGAAGUAUCUUUAGUUCUGGAUAAAGAUGUAUUGACGCCUGGUCUAGAAAGUUGGAAGUCAACUUGGGUUUCUGCUAUCAUUGAUUACUCUGAGUCACUCAAAUCUAAAGCUAUGGUUCAAGCAAGACAACAAUACAAGGAAGCAUAUGAGGAUGAUGAAGAAUGCAAUGAAAAGCUAGCUCUGUCUAUGCUUGUGCAAAUGCUUGGAAAGAAGACUUUGUCUAACAUAUACAAACAAUAUGAGUUAAUGGAUAAUCCUGAGGAAGUUGCUCAAAAAAGCAUAUCACCAUAUCCCAUGAUUGGCUACUUCACUAAUGGAGUAGGGGAACCUUCUUACUUUGUCUUUGUUGAGGGUCAAAUUCUUAUAAAGCUCAAUUUGUUUGCUAAGGCACUUGGGAUAUGGCUAUUUUCUCACUACAUCUUCAAUUUGGAAUAUUUCAAAGAUAUUAAAGAUUGUGCCUUGUUUCUCCAAGAAUUCGUAUUUUCAUUGCCAUCAGGCCAGAGAAAAACCUCUUCAUAUCUUAGUGUAACCACUUCUAUCAAAAGUUAUGCAGACUCUUCUUUGUAAAUUAUAUUGUCUAGUAAUUGUGACACUCAUUAUUCUCUUAUAUUAAU